AUGCUGGCCUCGCAUCGCAUGGCCUUGACACUGCCCUCAGCCAGCGGAUCAUUGCGGUCCGCGCAUCAGCACCGGGUACCUCACGUUUCGAGGGUGUCCGGGCAAAAUCUGCAGUCACAAGCGCGCUUCAAUAGUCAGAGAGCGCUUGCACUGGGCACUGCUCUUGUGGGAGCCUACGCUUCCAAGCGGAUGUCAUCUCGAGGCAGCUCCUACGCCGCCAUGAAGGCGACGGCCACGCUAGAAAGCUGGGAAGGACUCGCCACUCAGGCUCGCGAGACGAAAGCAGGCGAGCAGGUGCUUAAGUCCUGGGAAGACCGGGCGGAAGGCCUCAUCCCGCACACAGAUGCCAAGGUGCGCUACUUUGGCAAGGAUCGAAGUAAACCUCGAAUAAAGAUAUAUCGAGAUCAGGCGGCCUGGUGUCCCUAUUGCCAGAAGGUUUGGCUGCUUCUCGAAGAGAAGCAGGUGGACUACGAAGUGGAGAAAGUGCCGAUGCGAUCCUACGGUGACAAGCCGAGAGAGUUCAUGGCUCUGGUUCCUCGCGGGCUUUUGCCAGCUAUGGAAAUUGAUGGCAAGGUCAUGACAGAGAGCUUGGACAUCAUGUUCACCAUCGAAGGCGCGUUUCCAGAUCCAGAUAAGCCAAUGUUUCCAGCCUCGGGACCACUGCGGGACCGAGCUGCUAAGCUUCUUAGCCUGGAGCGACAACUCUUCGGUGCAUGGUGCUCAUACUUAUUUCGUCCAGAGAUGCCGUUGAUUGGUGGUUCCGAAAGGGAUUUCACCAGUGCCCUACAAGCAGUUGAUUCCGAGCUGGCGAAGAACACAGAGUCGCCGUUCUUCCUGCCUUACCAGCACCCGACCAUCGUAGACAUGCAGUAUGUCUCUCAUGUGGAGCGUGCAGUUGCGAGUGCCAUGUAUUACAAAGGGUAUGAUGUACGCAAAAAAUUUGCACACAUCGACGAGUGGCUUUCUGCCUAUGAGAAGCUGCCGCACUACAUGGCGACGAAGAGUGACUACUACACGCACUGUAUGGACAUUCCUCCACAGUACGGCCCAUGCUUUUCCAACGACAACGCAGAAGCCGUGCGAGCACGAGAGGACAUCGAUCCGGAAAGCGCCAAGCUCCCUGCGCAGUGGCAGACGAGCGUUGAGCCGCCAACACCGGAGCAGCUCGAAAGGUCGGAGGAGGACUAUCGGAUUGAGGCGGCGAUGCGCCUCACCGAGAAUCAGAAGGCAGUCACCCGAUUCUGCUGCCGUGCAGCCGGAGGCGAUGUGGGCUCUUGGGCACGAGGCAAUCCGACGAAAUGUGAGCUUGCAGAUCCUUAUGCCAGGCCGAAUGAGGACUAUGCAGCUGGAGUGAAUGUGGUGCUUCGCUCGAUUGCCACUGCCCUUCUCAAAGGGGACCCAAGUCCUGUGCUGAACAUCAAGGCCUCCGUCGAGAAAGAGGCGAAGAUGUCCGGACGCGAUCUUGAUGUUAUCGCCGAUUGCAUUAGCUACCUUCGAGACCGCGUUGGAUCGCCACGAGAUCUCUCCAUGCCCGCAGCCAAAAUCUUGCGCGCGCAUUUGGCGGAAGCCGUCAGGCAACUGAAAUCGCAGAGAAAGGGCUACAUCAUCAAUGGCAGCCCCCCGCAGCAAGAGCCAGCGAAUCGAGCACCACGGCGGCCAAAGUGGCGCUUGUGCUUCAGGUUGGACCGACAGACGGUGUCAGCCAAGGAGUCGCUGGAACAUUUGGCACCGAAGUACCAGCACGACUUCUUCCUAACCGUCGUCGAUCCGCCGGCUACCGGUUCUUUCAGAGAAUCGCCACCAGCACCCUUCUUCGCAUCAAGGGUGGCCUGUCACGUUGCAGACUUGGUAGCGAGUCGGCCGAUGAUCGCACAGCUGGCUGGUCGGAGUUUCGAAGGCAAAGCGCUGGCGAGCAUAGGCGCUGAGUGUAUGGCGGCUGGGCUUUGUGCAGCAAUGUUGGGGGCAAAAAUCGCCUUCGUCUGCGAGAGGAGCCUAGAGCCUCACGUGCAGCACAACGUGCGCCUGUUUCGCAGGGACACCUUGGAUUACACGAAGACCAAGACAAAUGUUCUCGCUGUUGCCCCUUGCAGCCCCGGAAGGUGCGGGCACUUGGAUGCGGAGGUCUUGUCUGAGAAGUUGCAGGCACCUUCUUUGGACAUGGUGGUUCUCACCGAGGUGAGCUUCGCGAGGGUUGUUGGCGACUUCGGCGGGCUUCUUGGAAACCGGCGUGGUGAGGUGUCAGCCAUUUUUCAGAUGCUCGGAAAGCUGAUUCCAGCGAGAAGCUGCACAAAAGCUCUGGUGAUUUGUGACCAUAGCUUCGCCAUGUCAGAGGAGUCCCACCGAAGAGCCAGGGCAGACGAGGAAGGCGAUGGACUGCCGCCAGGGCUGAGUGCAGCCUUGCCACCGGAAUGGCAUGCGCGACCGUUCUGCGUACUCCCACAGGGCAUCCCAGUGAUUUGGCUGGAGCGCCAGGAUGCCGAGCUUGUCCGGCGAAAGCCGGCGCCCAUCGUGCCACGAGCUCCGAUGCCGCCCAUGGGUGCAUCAUCCUCCAGAUGUGGUUGUGGAGGGCACAUGCAGAGCCCUCUUCUUGGCCAACGAGUUGAGAGCAAAGAGUGGUUCGCAAACAAUGCCAAGUUGAAGGAGGCACUGCAGUCUCACAACAGCGUCAAACAGAUGGAGGCAAACCAUGUCUUGCAGGAGGCCAGGGCAUGGGCUGACAGCGUGUCGCUUUCCCAGUUCCUCUCGGGCGGCUCCUCGAAGGUGUCCUACUCGGAGCCGUCACAGUGCUCAACAGAAGGUUUGAAUGCUACCUAUUGCAAUCCGAAGACUUUUCGAAAGACGCUUCCUGCUCCCAGCAGUGCGCGAGAACACAGGUCGUGCGAAAAACGCAGGUCCAAGAAGAGCAUCUCGGAAAGCUCAGGUCGAGGAAAGGGCAGCCAUAGUGCACGGCAGCCAACCAUCGCAGAGCGUCACGCCUCGCCUCCACACUGGUACAGCUGCAAUCGGGCGGUGUACGGCAUGUAA